GAACCUCAAUUUCCAUUGCAGAAAUAUCAAUCCGUUGUCCUCUAUUCAGUCCAUUGAUUGAGAAAGACACCAAAUCGAGAUGGUAAUUUCAAUCCAAAUAGGGACUUGUUCCUGUGCCUAUUGGUACUUGAAUAAUAAUCGAUUGUCAUUUGUCGGACAAUGCUCAAGAGCGGUGAACCUGCAAAUUUCACUGUUGACAUAAUCUGGAUAUAUACUAACACUGGUGCGAGGUGGUGAAAAACUCUAAUAACAUGUUUGAAUGAAAAUAUUUUUGACUAGAAUGUGCUAUGUUGAAUGGUGGUGAUAGUGUUUGUGACAGACCCGAGUGGUCAGUACUAUCCGAAUUUUCCGAAAAAGAAAGUUACGUACAGUUCGAAGAUUUUCAUUAAACCGAGUUUGUUUCACACGCAGGUAGAACCUGGGGAGACAUUUGCGACGACUAAAGAAGAGGAAUGGGUGAGCAAGAAAAAAACUGAAGUCACCAACACCAAACAAAUUGAAACAAGAGUGAAGAGACAAGUAGUGCUUGAAGAUGGAAAGGUUGUGGAAGAUUCUGGUCCAAUGGUUACCACCAAUACCAGCGAAGACACCGAAACACAGGAACAUCAUCAAACAGAGUUGAGAAAGCUUGGCGAUGAUGAAGUCGAUGGUCCAAAAGCUGUGGAAGGUGGUGCUGAUAACGUUAUUGCCGAGAGAUCCAACUGGGUCUCUGUGCCCAAUCCAGAUGGAGUCGUCAGAGAGGUUAAGGAGCGCAAGAUUAUAUCCAGAGAGGAAACAGAAGAAGUCAAAGAGACGGAAGAUGUGCAGCACCUGGGUGACAUCACAGACGAGGAGUUCUUGUCUGCAGUCCGGAGCGGAGAAAAAGACCUACGUAAAGUUCUCAGAUCCAACGAGGCAGGUCAACAGAUAGUCUCUACUGGACCCAAACUGAUCCAUGAAUCUAGAAAAACUAACAAAGUAACUGACACAGAGGACACCAGGGAACUCAGUUCUGUACGGCCAGAUGGUAAAAUUGUCACCGAAACAGAACGAACUACAGAACACGAAGAAAUUAAGGACGACGAGCUUCCUGAAGAAGCACCAGAUCAGAAUUUCCAGAAGGAGAGUUCACAGAGAUAUCUGAAGACGAAAGAACAAGAAGACGUAGAUUAUGUGGCAGACGGCGUAAAUAUAGGCCACGAAAUGAGGUUCAGAACGGAAACUAUGGAGGCGGAGAGACGGGGGGAUGGAGUUGACGAGCCAGACAUAUUCGAUUCACUGUCAGCUAGAGCGAGACGACGAGCAAACAAUAGACAACAGAAUAGACAAAGAGGUCUGGAAAAUGACGCAGGAAUCUCUCCCCUCGACAGGAAAGACGCCCUCACCCGCAAACCUUUGGACUUCGAUCAAGAAGAAGAAACGAGGAAAGUGGAAACUUCCAAAUGGUUGGAGCAUCACUUUGGGAGCGAAUCUCGUUCAUCGAACAAUUCGACGGUGGAAGACGAGGAACAACCUCCCAAAACGAGUUUUUUCAACGUCACUAUCAAAUCGCAACCAGCAAGAGCGGAUCCGGUUAAUCACAACAGUUACGUGACAGCUAUCAAGGAGACUACUCGCGUUUACAGUCCUGUUGAACCCGAAAGAGACAGGAACCAUACGGGUGGUUAUUUCAAAGGAAUCACCGAAUGGUCAGAACAACGCCAGGAACACCAGUACAUGGAUCGUCGUUCUCCCUUGCCAUACCUUUCCCCUCCCUACCCAAGUGAGCACCAACGUCGUCAAUCCCCCAUCCCCGAUUAUAAGCCUGCCAACUCACCCCUACCCGAUUACCGACCCCAUCAUUCGCCAGUUCCAGAUUAUUCCCGACCGACAAGAAUUUCUCCGAAGAGGGAAGUUAUCAAUAUCACCCCGACACCCCCACGAAGGACGAAAAACGAACGACAGAGACAAAGGGUCGUGGAGGACAGGACAAGAUAUGAUAGUGAAUACAGAAAUACUAGAUUCGAUGAUAGCAGGAAUCAAAGGAUCGAGCCUGUAGAAGAACCUCCUCCGGAUUAUUCUCCUCCGAAUCCGUCCCAAAUGCCUGCCUCAAAGAAGCCGAACCAAAAAACUAGGUUCGCUGUCGAUCCUCCGCCGAAACCUCCGAAGAGUGGCAAUAUAAUAG